ACUGGCCAAAAAAUUAUUAUUCAUUGCUUUAGCUAAUACAGGCCCAACAAAGCAUUCCUUUGGCUACAGCCAGUGACUUGAGCUUGACCAUGAAAUCCACUAGGGUAUUACUCCUUCUCUCACUUGUCGCCUGUUUGUUGGCACAAGUUGAGAAAAUCUCCGCCGACUCUCUUUUGGAUCUGAUGAGUAAGUAUUGUACAGAAGUUAAAACAUAUCCAUACUGUAAAUAUCAUUCUGGUCAAAAUAUCAUAAAAAUUGUUAGCGGGUAUCCAGAUUCAAAUAAAAACGUUUUUAUAAAGAAACUUCCCUUGAAAAAAGUUUCCCCGCUUGCCCCUUUAACCAAAGAACGAAAUUUUGCAGGAAACUUUUCCAUAAGGAGGGUUACGAGUGUAGAUUGCAUAACGAGGGUAGUUUUUGAGAAAUUCAUAUGGGUGUAAUCGUAAUUAUACCACAGGAAUUAUUUCUAAACGAGAACCAUAAAUAAGUUUUUAGUUUUUUAUUUUUCAGUAAUGCAUACAGGGAACAAACGUUCCUUAAUAAGUACACUUUCCACGGAAAACUUGAGAUUUUUCUUUUCUUCCAGAAGUACAAAAAUCAAGAGAACUCUUGACUUUCCUUUCAUUCAAAUAUUUUCUGUGAAACCUUUGAGAUAUGCUGAAAUAAACUUUUCAAGAGUCAACAAGGGGCAAAUUACAUUUGGAAACAAGUUAUUGCAAAUUUAGUCUGAUAUGUAGGCUUUCACUUUGAAGCAGAUACAACGUAUAUUGCUGACGUACCUGAUCCACAUCUAUGAGUCUAAUUACAAAGCAAACCAUAAAGUGUAACAAAUAAGCGUUUUUAAGGAAGCGGGGAAGGGGCGUGGGGAAAUUUAUGCCAUGCCAAUCAUUGAUAUACAAAUACCCCUCGGGUACCCCAUUUUUCUGCUUUGGCAACAAAAUUUCAAAUUCCUUUUGAGAAACCUCUCUGUAAGUUUUUGUGGUAUUGCCUUGUUUAUUGCAGUAAAAACAUCGGAUAUGUUAUAAACUAUCCUUAUCUUUGUUAUUACUGAGGCCGUUCUGCAUCCAUUUUUCUUUUUGUUUGUUUCUCUGUUGUUUUGUUUACUUGUUGUUUGUUUAUUUUCUUUUGUUUUGUAUGGUUAUUUUUUCAGCUGCUGACACAGGCAAGGAUACCUCUGAGGAUAUUACAACUCGCAAUUUGAGCGGUAAAAUUGACAACCAAUUCUUAUAUCAACAUUUUAUGUUAUUUUAAUUUUUUUUCGCUCUAGUUCUCAAUGUACCUUAUCAUCUUUUAUUUACCUCGAUAUUUCAUCCUUCACAGUGUCUGUCGUCUGGAAUCAUUUCGUGACAAUUAACUCCUUCUUAAAUACUGGUUUGUGAUCAGAUCGUCGACUUGGUUCUCUCUAAUUGAACCUGGUACUUGUCAAACGAGACAAAGAGUUUUUCCUUUUUUUCAACAAUGAAUGUAAAACUUUAUCAGCAAUAGAGAAUUUUAAUGUCUCAUUUUUCCUUUGAUUAACCCUUCACACCCUAACAUCAGUAUGCACUUUCUCCAUACUGUUCUCUAUAAAUUUCCUAAGGUGCUGACGAGGAGAAUUUGUUUAACGAUCAAGAACUUUUUUAGUUGAUGAUCAUUUCCUUUAUUCCCAUGACCUUCAUGUGUGAUUCAAAGGUGAUUUUUUAAGGAGAAAUUAGUUGUUAGUUACUCUUAGGGGGUCGAAAGGUUAACAAUGCGGAAGACUGCUCGGGUUUCUAACGGUGGACAGAAAGGAAAUAUUUCACGUAUGUUCAAUUGCCAGAAGCUUCAUACUUAUAUGUUAUUAAGUUCUCUUAGGAAAUAACAACAACUACGAUCAAUUUUCCAUUUUUUUUUUUUACAACCAUUCUGUCCUUUUUCGCUCUACUUGCAAAAAUUGUUUGGCUCACGCUUUACCUUAUCUAUCGCUAUAUUUGCGUAAUAUCCACAAAAAAUUUUAGCUGAUAAAUUUUAAUCGUUUUAUUUUUAUUUUCUUUCAGCAUGCAAGGACGAGCACAGUGAAGAGUUUUGUGAUCGGUUUAAAUCAUUUUGUGCGGGACAUGGAGGAGUUAAAAAUCAAGUAUACGUGUGGCGAAAAUGUCGCCGCACAUGCGGAGUGUGCUAAGGAGGUAAGUGCCCCCCCCAGUAGACAGUCCGUACAUUGUUAGUGAAUAAGUAAGUAAGUAAGUAAGUAAGUAAGUAAGUAAGUAAGUAAGUAAGUAAGUAAGUAAGUAAGUAAGUAAGUAAGUAAGUAAGUAAGUAAGUAAGUAAGUAAUUUGUCCCAUCAUUUUGAUUUCUAUAAAACUUUACCCCUAUAACUUUUAGCCCUUUAGGAAUGCAGGCAUGCAUGUUUAUUUUUUCAGAUGAGGAUGGUUAUAGAAUUAAAUACAAGAAUGAAGUUAGAACACAACAGAUCCUAAAAAAGUCUAUCGAAACUGUUAUUUCUUUUCAGAAUUACUUAUAAAAAGAUUCAAGCGAUCAUGACAAACAAGGUUGACACUAAUGACAUUUACAGAAUCAAUGUUUUAACUCCUACCAGUUAAAACUUAUCCUCUACUAAACGAAGAACCAAAGUUAUCAUGAUAAAUGUUAUGACGUUUUGUUUACCUGUAGGGAUAACCAGCUGGAAAACAGCAAGGAAAGACACAAUUUAAAAGUUUAAGGAUGGAAAAAUGAAUGUUAUAUAAUCGC